AUGGCGACCCGCAAGGUUCGGUACAAGAAACUGAGUGUCAAAACACCACUUGCGGUGCUCAGAGAGGAUCAAAUUGAAGCCUCCGAAUAUGAAUCACUCACGUCCGAAAACCAAAUAGCCACCGGUGUCGAACAGGCCGAGGAAAAUGAAUACCAUCUUCAGGCUGUCCUCAAGGGGGCAGGAGUCGCCGCCGACCAGGAGAUUCCUGUCCCCCCUCCACAACAGAGUGAAUUAGAUUACGACCAGUUCUACCCUCAAAAGGUCGCCAAGACAUCCACAUAUAUCCGUUUCUCCCAAACGGUAGAAGAAUGCAUCAGUUGCAUGUAUGACAUGACCGAGGACGAUGAGACGUUCCUCAAGUCUUACAACCUGAAACUGACACCGUCCGCUCGUCUCUCCGAAGAUGAUUUCGAGAGGAUCAUGGAUGUGUAUGAGGAUAUGGCGGCUAGCAUCACGCCUUUCUCGGCCAUAGACCAGACAGUGCCAACGUAUCAGGAGAUGUUGCGAGGACUGGAGCCACUAGACAGCACAAAGGUCAUGGUCCACGCCAAGCAGAUAUAUGAGUACUGGAGGAAGCGCCGGGAAAUCAGCGAGAACAAACCGCUCAACCCUGCACUCAAAUUCGAGACACAUGCGGAAAGCGACGAGCUUGACCCGUAUGUCUGCUUCCGUCGAAGAGAGAUCCGUCAAACUCGCAAAACGAGGGCCCGAGAUGUCCAGAGUGCAGACAAACUCAAGCGGCUGCGGAAGGAGCUUGAGGAAGGUCGUCAACUCAUCCUGGCAGCCCAUAACCGGGAACUGCUCAAGGCAGAUAUGCUCAAGGUAGAACGAGCCAUCUUCGACCAACGAGCCAUCAUUAAGGAACAGAAGCUCCGACUAGGCAUCAGGACGGGUGACGAGGAUCUAGUCAACCAGAAGCCGCAGAAAAGGAAGGCUCCGGAGGCACCCUCAGCUCAACGACCUGCUCCACCUCCCCAGAUCCGUAUGCCUGUGCGCCCAGAUGGCCGUCCCGCCGAGUCAGAUCUUGUCCAACUGUCGGAUCGUCUUGCUGAGAAGAAUGCGGACCUCAUCAUCGAGAUCGAGAAGAAGGUCCAGAACCAUAUGGACUGGAACAAGAACUAUAUCGAUCUCACUGGCAAGCCGCUGUCUCCUCCUCAGGGCCCGAGACAAGAUUUGGGCUUCAGACCUGCUAAGACGCAGUAUCUCAUGACGCCACCAGCGUCUGCAUCCUCAGGGUCCAUGGAUGAGCCCACUCCGAUGGAUCUUGAUAAGCCCAAACCCAACCCACCACCUUCAGUAAAAUUCAGGGGCGUUGCUCAAGACGAACAGUCAUUGGCACAUCCGCCCUCAUAUCGUCGUCGUAUCGGCCGGUUGAACAGGUUGUGGAUCGACCGCCGUGGUUUGCCCAGCCCAGCCCGAGAUUUCAGCGAAGAGCAGUCGGAUCGCUGGAAGUAUGAUCAAUCUUCUGAUGACGAGGAUGACGCGCCCGUGUAUAUGCUGGACCCCUUUGACACAAAGGCGUUAAGGUACCGUGCUUCGAUUCCGCUCCAGACAGUCCCACGACCAACCCCACCGGUCAUCAACCGGCAAUUCAUCCCUCCGGGCGCCAUCCCACCACAACUUGCCCAAGGUUCCUUUGCCCCUGGACAACCACAGCCGCAACCGCAACCGCAACCGCAACCACAACCACAACCACAACCACAACCAAAUCAAUCACAACCUCUACCUCUACCUCUACCUCUACCACAACAACCAGUAGUACAACCGCAGCCGCAACCGCAGCCACAGGCGCAACCGGUGUCAUAA